UCCAUGUUCUGCCUGCCGUUCAGUCACUUUCAGACAUCACCUCUUUCUCCUCCUGAAUUGGCCGGGUGCACUGAUUUACAUACUCCCUCAUCAUUGGUUGCCUGGAUGCUACACUUCAAUGGACUGCCUUCUACUGAUUGGCUGCAGCUGCAGGAGGGCAUGGAAGCUCUCUAUCAAAACAGGCAUAAAAGGCAGCGUGUGGGAUCAGACACAGAGGAGCAUCUUAUAAACAACUUCGAGAAGCUUUGACACAGAGCUGCUGCCAGCUUAACAAACCUGGAAGGUGAAAGAUAGCAAGGAAAGAAGCUUAGAAAGACGACUCACAAGUAACUGCUGAAAGGAGGCUUUUUUAAGGGAAACUAUUUAGGGAGGUGGAAGCCAGUGACAGGUGUUAAAACUUGCAAGGUUUAAAACAGCUGCUGUAACCCCCAAGAGGAAGUGAGACAGUUUUUGGAACAUUUUCUUUCCUCAUUUUGACUAACAACCAAAAACCAGCAUGUCUCUGGAGGUGAAGGAGAAGACCCAGGUGCGUCUAGUGUUUCUUGGGGCAGCAGGAGUGGGUAAGACAGCCCUGAUCCAACGCUUCCUCCAAGACACAUUUGAGCCCAAACACAGGCGCACAGUGGAGGAGCUGCACAGCAAGGAGUAUGACAUCGGUGGGGUCAAGAUCACAGUAGAGAUCCUGGACACCAGCGGCAGCUACUCCUUCCCCGCCAUGCGCAAGCUCUCCAUCCAAAACAGCGACGCCUUCGCGCUGGUGUAUGCAGUCGACGACCCCGAGUCACUGGAGGCUGUCAAGAGCCUCCGAGACGAGAUCCUGGAGAUCAAGGAGGACAAGUACACGCCAAUCGUGGUGGUGGGGAACAAGGUGGACCGGGAAGAGGAGCGGCAGGUGUCCAACGAGGACGUGCUGUCAACCGUGGAGAUGGAUUGGAACAACAGUUACCUGGAAGCUUCGGCGAAGGAGAACGCCAACGUUGUAGAGGUGUUCAAGGAGCUCCUGCAGCAAGCAAACCUCCCAAGCCGUCUCAGUCCUGCACUGCGAAGACGCAGGGAGACCUUUCCAAAAGACACCAGCUUUCGGCCGCCCAUGAACAAGACCAACAGCUGUAUUCUGUCGUAAUGACGGACAGGAGGAGGAGAAGUGUUCUGUUUCAUGAAGGGACAAGAGGUGAGAGCACGCGAUGCAGCUGGUCAGAGAAGGACAAGAAAGAGUAAAGCUUGGACUUUAGUGACUGAGAUAAGAGACUCUGAACCAACAAAGACACUUUAAGAUUCACAACUGAGAGGAAAAGGUGAAGAGGUGAAUGGUAUUAAGACUGAACUCGUACAGACUGCGGGUGGAAAGAAGGAAGCUGCAUAAUUACUCAGUUGUUUACUCGAUGUAACGUUGUUGCUGCUUAUUUGGUGACAUGCUGCUGGUGUUUAGAUCAAUGUGUACCUUUUGGAUUAUAAAUGCAAAUGUUCAAGAUUUUUAGACUGUUGCUUACGGACUGUUUACUGAGAGAAGUGUGUGUAUAUUUGUUGUGGUAUGUGCAAAAGUUUUAUGUGUCAUGUAAACUGUCUUAAUUUAAAAAUUCAGUGUAUG